AAGUUAUCUGGUACUUCUGGAAUACUGUGGAGAGAGUACUCGCGGCGUUAUUAGUGGCGGCGAGAGCUGCAGGUGGGUCAAGAGACUGGCCGUUGGGUCCUGCUGCAGUUAGGAGCCUGUUUCUUCCGCGGCACCACGGCCCCCUUCUCUAGACACGAGCGCGGCGCGGCCGCCUGGGGGGCUUUUUCAGGCACCUUGACGCCGCUCCACGGGGCACGUACCCGGUCUUCGCCUCGGCCUCCAGCCUGGGGACUGGCUCCCCGCUUCCGCGCUCCGGGCCGCAAUAAGUUUUCUUAUCGCCUCGCGCCCUGCCCACCUCCCUGAACCAUCGAGGUCCUGGUCCAGAGCGACAGCUUUGGACCUGGGACUAAACGGAUCCAAAACGCUCAGCCUUGGCCCUCCACAGACGGGGUUCUUUAUCGUCUCUGAAAUGUCACCGACCAUCUCCCACAAGGACAACAGCCGGCAACGGCGGCCAGGGACUUUCAGUCACUCUCUGGAUAUCAAGAGCGGUCCUCUGCCGCCAGACGGCUGGGAUGACAGUCAUCUGGACUCGGUGGGCGGGGAAGGGGACAGAGAAGCUCUUCUGCAGGAUACUAGCCCUGCUGGCAUCUCAAAAGCCCCACGGAGCUGCCGGGCCGAACUAAGCAGCAUUUUGCUGUUGCUUUUUCUUUAUGUGCUACAAGGCAUUCCACUGGGCCUUGCGGGAAGCAUCCCACUCAUUUUGCAGAGCAAAAAUGUUAGUUAUACAGACCAAGCUUUCUUCAGUUUUGUCUUUUGGCCCUUCAGUCUCAAAUUGCUCUGGGCCCCGUUGGUUGAUGCUGUGUACUUCAGGAACUUCGGUCGUCGCAAAUCUUGGCUUGUUCCUACACAGUACAUACUGGGACUCUUCAUGAUAUAUUUAUCCACUCAGGUGGAACGUUUGCUCGGGAAUACCGAUGGCACAACCCCCGAUGUGGUUGCUCUCACUGUGACCUUCUUCUUGUUUGAAUUCUUGGCUGCCACUCAGGACAUUGCUGUGGAUGGUUGGGCGUUGACUAUGUUGUCUCGGGAGAACGUGGGCUAUGCGUCUACUUGCAAUUCGGUAGGCCAAACGGCGGGCUACUUUUUGGGCAAUGUUUUAUUUUUGGCCCUUGAAUCCGCUGACUUUUGUAACAAAUAUUUGCGAUUUCACCCUCAGCCCAGGGGAAUCAUUACUCUUUCAGACUUCCUUUUAUUCUGGGGAACUGUAUUUUUAAUAACGACAACUUUAGUUGCCCUUCUGAAAAAAGAAAACAAAGAAGUAACACUAGUAAAAGAAGAAACACAAGGGAUCACAGAUACUUACAAGCUGCUUUUUGCAAUUAUUAAAAUGCCAGCAGUUCUAACAUUUUGCCUUCUGAUUCUAACUGCAAAGAUUGGUUUUUCAGCAGCAGAUGCAGUAACAGGACUGAAAUUAAUAGAAGAGGGAGUACCCAAAGAACAUUUAGCCUUAUUGGCAGUUCCAAUGGUUCCUUUGCAGAUAAUAUUGCCUCUGGUUAUCAGUAAAUACACUGCAGGUCCCCAGCCACUAAACAUAUUUUACAAAGCUAUGCCCUACAGAUUAUUGCUUGGAUUAGAAUAUGCCCUACUGGUUUGGUGGACUCCUAAAGUUGAACAUCAAGGGGGAUUCCCUGUAUAUUACUAUAUUAUAGUACUGCUGAGUUAUGCGUUACAUCAGGUAACGUUAUAUAGUAUGUAUGUUUCUAUAAUGGCUUUCAAUGCAAAGGUCAGUGAUCCACUUAUUGGAGGAACAUAUAUGACCCUGUUAAAUACCGUGUCUAAUCUGGGAGGAAACUGGCCUUCUACAGUAGCUCUUUGGCUGGUGGAUCCCCUUACAGUGAAAGAGUGUGUAGGAGCAUCAAACCAGAGUUGUCGAACACCUGAUGCUGUUGAGCUCUGCAAAAAACUCGGAGGCUCAUGUGUUACGGCGCUUGAUGGUUAUUAUGUGGAGUCCAUUAUUUGUGUUUUUAUUGGAUUUGGUUGGUGGUUCUUUCUUGGUCCAAAAUUUAAAAAGUUACAGGAUGAAGGACCAUCUUCAUGGAAGUGCAAAAGGAGCAAUUAAUGCAUGCACUACUGGACAUUCUAGAAAGGUAACUGUAAUUUAGUUUGAGAGAGCUAUGAUAAUCAGUGCACAGGAGUAUAAAAUAUUAUUUUAAACAAGGAAAUUAUUAAUAUAAAAAUGCCAAAUGGUUGAAAAAUAGAGACCUCUCUGUAUAUUUGGUCAUAUUUUUCCUUGCCUUGUUGAUGUAUUUAAAGUUUACUUAAGGUCAGGAAAUUGGUUCCAAAACAACUUUUCUGGGCUUGUUAUUUGAUUUACAUCUUUUUAAUUUACUAACUAAAGCAGUAGUCAUUGGAAGUGGUAACCAUGCAGUCAAGUAUUGUUAUCACUACACAACAUUGAGUUGUGUUUAAUUUUUGGUAGAAUAUGUUAAAUGGAACAAAACUUGAUAUUCAGGUACUAACUACAACUAGUCUGACCUUGUUGGCAGUCAGAAUCUCAUUUUGGAUUGCAAAUUGGGUAAAUUUUACAUGGAAUUUGCUGAGACGAGAAUGUAGACUAUUGAAAUGACAUUUUAAUUGUUAUUUUCCAACCAUAACCACAUUGUAAGGAACGAAUCUGUGUUAAAAAGACUAUUUCCUGCUUUUGUAAGCAUUAAAGAUUUAUAUGAAGAUUAUUCAAACUAUUUUUUAUAAAAUGAAAGCUAUGAUUUUUAAUUUAUUGAUUCUCACCUCUCUACUCCCAACUCUCCUGUUUUAGAAAGAAAAUACUUUGAUUCCUUGUUAACUAUUACCCUAAAGCCUACAUGAUAUGUUUUUUGUCACAAGUGCUUCAGUGGCACACAGUUAGUGAGGGGACACAUUUAGUUGUGUGUAUGUUCAUAGCAAAGUUUUGAAAAUAAAAAUCAAAUGUUAUACUUCAAGUAGUUUCUUUUUUAUUACCAAGAGAAAAGAACAGUAAAGCUUUCCUAUGUUAAAAUUAAAUAAGUAAUACCAUAAUUUUAAAAAUACAUAUUUUAAACAGAGAAAUUUUGUGCCUUUGACAAAUUAUAUCAUGUAGAAGACUGUUUCUUAAUUAAGCACUUUACUAGUGAGAAAAGAUCUCACAAUCACUUUAUGCCAAGUCAAGUACUGUAGUUCCACUUAUUAAAACCCAGCCUUCCAUUUGUAAGCUAUAAUUUCCAGUGGAGAAUUGCUAUCCCAGGAGAAUUAAGCUUUUGAGUACUUCAGCAUUUCCAAUAUAUCAUGUAUCUCCAAUGAUAAGGUUCUUUGCAUAUUUUAUGAUUGUUUAUUACUCUAACUUUUUAGAGACUAUAUAAAUUCUUCAAAAAUUAGAGAAGAAAGAGAUUGUGAAUCUUACCAACUUUAUCUUUGUGGGAAAAUACAUACUAACUUCUGAUUUUAUUAGUUUAUAAUAUAGGUUGAAUUUUAGAGUGGGGUAUUUAUAAGUAUUGGAGAAUAAAAUGGGUGGGAGGAGAUAGCACUCAGUAUCUGAAGAAAGAGGGGCAGAGGCCUCUGGAACUCAUGCAUUUCCAUUGGAAAGCUGUGUUGUUGGGUGUCAGUGUCAGAUCCUGAAGAAUAACUUGGAAAAAUGCUUAUCCUAGAGGAAAGGAGGCCACACCAGACAUACAUUACAGUAUGUUGUCAUAUGGGUUAUCCAUUAUCAUGUGUUAUAAUUAAAAUGUUUACUUGAAUAAAGGAAAAAAAAAAACGCUUAACUCACAUAUGAAAUGUAUUUUAAUUUUUAACUUGAAUUAGAAAUCUCAGACUGCCAUAAAUAUAUUUUAUUUCUUCCCAAUAAUUGCAGAUUAUACAUAUGUUCAAAUAUAGUUACGUGUUGUCUACAAAAAUCUUUAAUGAUUUGAAAUUUUAAAACAUUUUUUAAGCCUUUGACUAUAAGGUGAAAGCCAUAAUUGCGGUUGUUCCAGAAAUGAGCAAAUAAUUAUUUCAAAUUGUAGUUGUUUUCUUAUUUGGGUGCAUGCUUGUAACGCAUGCCAGAAUGACUUGUUUACGUCAAUUUGCAGCUGUGAUGUUGAUCACAGUUACUUAUGGCAUCUUAAAAAUGAUCUAUAUGCAUCUGAGAAUCUUCAUUGUAAAUCAAUAGUAUUAGAAAAUACCAUAUUUUGUGUGUGUGUUUUUCUUUAUUGAUUGAUCCUAAUAAAUUAAACUCUGCCCUUAAGUGUGGAAAUUAACUCCUCCAGUUAGCAUAUUAUAUAUUUACUAGCUAAUAUUGGAUAUGAACAUAUACCUCCUUAUGCCAGUACUAUUUCCAAAUGCAUAUUGGAUGCAACAUGUAUACAUCUGAGUUUGAAAGGUUCUUAUAAGGCUAGCUAAAGACUAAAAUAAAAAAACUUCCUCUUCUGUAAAUAUUUUAAUUUUGCCUGACCAGUCAUUAAAAAAUUGCUCAGUACCUUGAAUAGAUUUCUCUAGAAUUUUUUUCUUUAUAAUUUUUAAAAAUAGUAAACUCUUGAAAUCUAAACCCACAUCCUGUUGUUGGAUUUCAUCCCUUUAUUGUAAAGGUUUUUACCCUAAACACAGGUCAGUGGGGCCGUGAGGCCCCUGAAUUAAUUGUAAAACCCUGGAUAUUUACUUUUUUUUUUCUCACUAAGAGAACUAUUGUAAAAAAAAAAAGUAAGAAACAUGUACUGUGAAUCAUAAACAUAAAGUAAUAGUUUGAAAUUGUUUAAAGCAUCCUGAAAACAAUAUUAAAAGAAAAAUCUGUGCCGAAAACUAGGAAAUCUCUGUUUUUAGUGCUGAACAUGACUCAGAGAUUAGAUCAGAUAAGACUUUAUUGAUAGAAGAACCAGAUUAGAUAUUCUAAUGUUUAUGAAGUUUUCAUACAUGAGAGUACCUUUUUGAAUCUUAGAUUCCAUUUUUCCAUAAGAUAUAUCUUAGUCUUUUUUUUUUUUUUUUAAUUAGAGAAGUUGUAGGUUUACAGAAAAAUUGUUGGUAAAAUACAGAGUUCCCAUAUACCACCCUAUUAUUAACACCUUGAAUUAGUAUGGUACAUUUGUUACAACCCAUGAAAGAGCAUUUUUAUAAUUGUACUGUUAACUGUAGCCCAUGGUUUACUACAGGGUUCAUUGUGUUUUACAAUCCUAUGGAUUUUUUUUUGUUGUUAAUUUUUAUUCUAGAAAUGUACAUUCAUGUCUACAUUAAACUGCAUGUUUGUGUUGUACAGUCCUAUGUUUUUAAUCAUUUAAGUUCUUUUUUCCUAUGAAUAACUUUAAUUUAAAAGUUAAUUAUUUUGCCUUGUUAACAGAAACCUUAAAAUGUAUGUUCUGUUUUGUAUUAAGUGGUUGAGAUCAUUAUUUAAUAUAAUAGAUGGCCAGAUUUCUUUUUGUAUUUUUUUGAAACUGUAUUUUUCCGAAACUGUAUUUUUCCAACUAGUUGAAAGAGUGAGUUAAGCUAUGUCACACUCACACUGACCCUGCUAAAAAAGAACCACCUUGUUGGGAAUGUUCGUUGCAGGUUUCCAAAAUGUAUUUUACCUUAGUAUUAGCAAAAGAUAAGAAACUUGUAAAAAUGAUUCCAUUAUAAUUAGGAUUAAUGUAUUUAAUAAGUACCAUUUCAGUUACAGUAGGGAAGGUGAUAUAGUACGUUGUAACUGCUGAGACUUUUUUUUUUAGCAAUGUUUUUGGAAGAUAGUAAGGUAUAAUUAUUUUAUUUUCUCUUAGAAGAUGUGAAAUACCUACUUAAAUAUUUUUUAAUUCUUUCCUAGUUUAGCUUACAUCUGCUUGAUUUGGCACUGCCAGGUUUUUAAUGUAAUCACUAUUUGGUUUGGGAUGGGAGCUUUUCUGUUUCCUAUCUGUCAAAACUGCUACUCAAGUCUUAAGGUUACUCCCUUAAGUAAGGUAGAAUGGGCAUGGAAAGCUAAUUUUCCUGGAAUUCUGUUUCGGUAGAGACAAAUCAAACAUCAGGGCUGAAUAUUUAAUAUACAGGAAUCAUGCCCUCUCCCUUAAAUGAACAGAAACUUUUAUUUGAUUAUUGGAUUAUAAAGGUUGUUUUUAAGGAGUUUUUUUAAGGGGGGAGGAAUGGACAUUUUGUAGGGGAAAUAGUUCUGUAUAGCAGAAAGGACAUUCUGUGAUUAAUCACACUUUCUCUUUUAAAAAAAAUUUGCCCAAGUGUAUACAUAAAGUGAUCAUGUUAAAAUAUCAACAACAUUAAUUGGCAUAAUUCAUAUGAAUUCUUGAAGCACUUAGAAGACAGUUGCUGCAUUUUUUUGUUUUUCAUCAAUAUAGAUAAUUAACUUUUUAAUAAAAAUUUUGUGUGAAUGUUAGCACAACUGAAAUGAAUAGCCUUGGUAUAAUUCUUAGAGAACCUUAAGAUAGUUAACCAAAGUAUAAAAUUUAGUUGCAAUUCCAAUUCAUUAGUCACUGAUAUAAAUACUAAAAACUAUUUUAAUUUUCAUUGUAAUGGCAUAUAAUGCUAGAAAAAAUUUAGUUUUCCAGUCUUAUAUUUAUGAAACUAAAAUUUUUUUAUCACAUGAAUAUAUAAAAUUAGGAAAGUAAAAAGUUGGAACAAUUUUGAAAAUGUUAAUUCGGCAUAUUUGAUAAAUUUGUAUAUUACUACUGUCAUGUUAUAUCAGUAAGUCUAUAGUAUUGUUGUCCUUAGAUAUUUUUUUGCAAGGAUCAAUGUGAAAUUGAAAAAGAUAAUAUUUAAAGCUGGUCAUAGUUGUCAUAAUUAUGAAAUCAUUACACCCAUGAACAGUUUUGUAUUAAAAAUGCACAACACAAAAUCAUUUCUAUUGUUAUCUUUGGAAGAUCUAGCAUUAGCCCCUAUAGUUUAACAAUAUUUUAGUGUUUUGAGUAUAUGCAAAAUGUUUGGUUAUAUGUAAUUAAUUUAUUAAAAGAUAGGUAUUAAACUGUGAUUUUAUGCAUUAUUUAAGUUUUUAGAGUAUUUUUGAAAUAAAUUCUGAUUUUUAUAUGAA